GUCGAGACUGUAGUAUAACCAUGCUUUUGCUGCUGAUACAAUGUCAUUUCUUCGGAAGGUAAUUGAUUCACUACUCAACCAUCCUGGAAAUGCAGUGCUACUGCUACAUUCGAGAAACUCAAUUCUCCUACAUAGUCAUUUUAUUUUACCUUCUUUUGUGUUGUUACGUGAGGAGGAGUAGAGAGGGAUGAAAAAACAUACUUUUACUCAUAUGGUAAAGGGUGAUAAGAACAAGAAAUAGCAGAAAGAAAUUGGUGCGAUCCAAAACAGGUUCAUUUGGAAGGUACAUACAUGGUUUAUGGUUAUACCAAAGACCAACCUGUUGAAUUUUUUACUUUAUCUGUAGAAUGUGAAUUGAAAGUUUUGCCGACAGGUUCAAUUGGAAGGUAAACACAAUGUCAAUAGCUGAUGGGAUAGCUUUAUCUUGCUGUUCUUCAGUUUCUCCAUAGCAUUGAAGACGUGAAAGAAGUAAAGAACUGGAAUCUUGAUUCAAAGAACAGUAACCCUUACAAGAUGCAAACUCCACCCACUGAAUUUAACACAUCCGGCAAGAAAUACACCACCACUAAUCAGGCUUUGAAUGAAUCCUACCAGAAAGAUGGUCAGUUCAUGAGUACGGAUAGAGCUUCUCCACCAGUAAGAGACAUUAAGUACCAGCUAUUGUUUCUCAUCAUCAAUGGUCAUCGAGAUUGUGUAACUGAUACACAAAUUGCUGAACAGGUCGAUUAGUAAGCUGAGUCCUUUUUCCUGUCACUCUCGCAGUCGCAUAUGCUUUUCACAGCCACACACAAUUCAAUUGGUUGGCUUUAGAUAUUGAUUUUGAAAGUUUUUUCCCUUUGGUUUGCCAGUACCAUUUCAGUUUACCAUUUUAGUCUCAUUUUCAUAAGUUCCUCUAUAUACAGGCUUCUUCCAGUAAAGCUCUUUCUCUAUAAUUGAUGGAAGGCUUUGCCUCUUUAAUUGUAGUUGACAGGAUCUGGCAAAUUAUGUAUAUAGUUUAUGUUUAAUUAAUAAGUUA